AUGAGUAGGCGGAACUGUUGGAUUUGUAAGAUGUGCAGAGAUGCAUCUAAGAGGCUCCCUUCAAACCUGACUUCGGAGGAAGUAUUACAGUGGGCACAGUCUUUUGAAAAAUUGAUGGCUACAAAAUAUGGGCCAGUAGUCUAUGCAGCGUACUUAAAAAUGGAGCAUAGUGAUGAGAAUAUUAAAUUCUGGAUGGCAUGUGAAACCUAUAAGAAAACUGCAUCACGAUGGAGCAGAACUUCCAGGGCCAAGAAGCUUUAUAAAAUUUACAUCCAGCCACAGUCACCUAGAGAGAUUAACAUCGACAGUUCGACAAGAGAAACCAUCAUCAGGAAUAUUCAAGAACCCACUCAGACAUGUUUUGAAGAGGCUCAGAAAAUAGUGUAUAUGCACAUGGAGAGGGACUCCUAUCCCAGGUUUCUGAAGUCAGAAAUGUACCAGGCCCUUCUGAAGACCAGUCGGCCCAACAGCAACUCCUGA